CAAGUGAGAUCGAUGAAAGCUGUUUUGGUUGUGUCAAGAACGGCUUUUCGGUAAAAUCAUAACUCAUAUUAUCCUAACGGUUUGGCCAAUAGAUGUUCACGCUUGCAUGGUUCAAAUAGUUUCCAGCAACGCGUUAUUUUCUGGUGUACAUAUCCCCAUUCGGCAUCAGAGAUGGGUCUCGGAUGUCUCAUCUCAUCACGUUGAUGCAACGAUAAGAGGAGACCUGCACAACCUUUACUGAUGGCAAUGGGUGGAAUGGAUAACUGUCAGUUCUUUAUCUCAAAGGAUUAAUACUAGGUUUUCUUUUGGAGUCAGUCAAUCUACGUUUCCCCCUAACUCUGGAGUGGCCCUAAGACUUGAACCAAGAGCUCAAGUUGCAUUGUUUCUUGUUUCCCUCUGGUGCCUCGUCGUUAUAGUAGGUGCAAAAUGUCUAAAAUCGAAAGGCUGAAUGCACGGGUGUCAAAGUUGUUGACAGCAGCCGUCCAUGAGGUUUUGGAGGUGGUGAAAGACACCGUAUCGGAGUACCAGGAAAAGACCGCAAGGACACAGAGGGAGAACGAGAGGCUUCAGAGAAAACUGCAAGAAGUGCAGCACAAGCUCGACCAAGAAUUGGCUAGAGUUUCAAGAACUUCAAGUUCUUCGACUCAGACGAGCCAAUCAGGACAGCCCAAAUGUGCCUGCAAGGACUCGCAAAGACUACCCGAGGUGUUGGGCAAAAUGGAACCAAAGGUGGAAUCCAAAACCAGUUCCGUAGACCAGCUGCUGGACAGUCAUCUGCCACUCAUGAGAGAUUCUAAAGUGGAACGCAGCGUCAGUGCUGAGUUGGUGUUCACAAGCUGCACAAAUGAAUCUACACCACCUUCAGACACAGAGCACAACACAGGAACUUGUCAUUCACCACACACAUCAGCAGUCAGUCAGAAGAGCGCAGGACAUGUGGUGGACAGAGUUCUAUUCCCCAGUGGACUUUCACAAGAGAACCACCCACACCCCCAACAACACCACCACACCGACGUGUCUCCCCCUCACCUCGACAUCCCAGCCGACAUCAGCAUCGUCAAAGCCGAACCCGAACCUGACCUUCUGGAAUAUUCCCUCUCCCACCACCAGCAGCCAUCAGCAUCACAACAGGGGCAGCUGUACGACCACAACGAGGACGAGGAAGAGGGUGAACUCGGUGGUGGUAGUGACUCGGACUCCACUAUGGACCCUCUGCUACAGCCCCAGUCGGAGAUCCAUCAGCCAGGCUCUGUGGAGAUCCCAGACGUGGUGCACUUCAUCCACUCCGACUCGCUGAAUGCGUUUGUGGAGUCGUUCCCCUUCGAGAGGUCUCAGCUGGCUGCAGAGCCAUGGCCUCCUCAGCUGCAGCAACAGCACCAGCAGAAUCAGCACCCGCAUCACCCGCGUCCUCAUCCUCAGCACCAGCGUUUCCUAGGAAGAGCAGGUGGAAGGGAAGAGCAGCAGCAUCCUCAGCAUCAGCGUUUCCAUGGUAUUAGAGGAGGGGGAAGCGGAGCAGUCAUCGGGGACGACGACCACCCGCAGCAUCAGCACCGCUGUCUGCUGUGCGGCAAGAGCUUCAGUCGCCUGGGCAACCUGCGCAUCCACCAGCGCUGCCACACCGGCGAGAAACCGUACACGUGUGGCCACUGCGGCCGGCGCUUCAGCCACGCCGGAAACCUCCAGAAGCACAAGCGCGUCCACACCGGGGAACGGCCCUACGGCUGCCAGCAGUGCGGCAAGAUGUUCAGCCAGUCCACGCACCUGAAGAAGCACCAGCGGGUGCACAGCUUCAGACAAUAUCAGGAGAAAACUUCACGGACUCAGCGGGAGAAUGAACGACUCCGAAAGAGACUUCGGACCUCUCUGAAGAGCAACCGAGAGGCGAAGAGAGCAUCAGCUGAGCAGCACCCACUACCAACACCGGAGGAACAGCAACAACGACACCUGGAUAUCAAGCCAGACGACACACCUGCUGCAAGACAAGUGUCGGACCUCACAGGCGACGAUGUCGAGCUGAAACCAGGCGGUGCCGAGUCCGUAGACACUGGAGGGACAGUGGCAAAGAUCGAGCCUGGGUGCACAGAAGAGGGCCCUCCUGCCCACGCACCGUCGACUUCGUACACAGACACUGACAUAGCAGCUGACCAGAAAUCCACAGUGGUCGACCUUGGCGAAGAGGCUGAGCUGAUGAUCCUGGAGAACGGAGACACCUGCCCCUUGAGUGCUAUUUUCACCGACGCGACACAGUCUGGUUCCAGUCCACAGACAUCCGAUGCCUUUAACUCUCCUUCGUGCUCCUUCCAGAUCUCUGAAGUUCGUACCUUACAGCAGCAGGGUCGGAGGGGCAAUGGGCGUCUCGGCGGCCCCGGCUCCAACCGCUCGCUUCCGUCUGCAGUCCAUCAAAAGGCCACGCAGAGCAGUAGCAGUAGCAGCCGUCGCCUCCUCCGCUCCAGGGCGGCUGCGUCGUCAUGCCAACCGAUGCAACAUCAGGACCAAGCCUCCGAAGAGUACCACAACCACCACGUCAAAACGGAGCCGCCGGCACACAUGUUCACCAGAGCUGAGUUAGCAGACGAAAGCUUUGACCAGGGCGAGGGUUUGAGCUUGCUACAACACAGCGGUGGAGGGCUGUCUGCUUACCCCCAUGCCAACCCCCACCCGCCCUCCAGCUCAUCCUCAUCCACCACCGGCACCAAGAAGCAUGUGUGUCCCGUGUGCGGGCGCUCCUUCUCUGGCUCGGGCGACCUCAACAAGCAUGUGCGCAUCCACACCGGAGAAAAGCCGUAUGCGUGCACCACGUGUGGCAAGAGGUUCCGCCGCGCCGACCACCUGCAGACGCACCGCCGCGUGCACACCGGCGAGAAACCCUACGUGUGCCCGGUGUGCGGGCAGAGGUUUAGUGUACGCACCACGCUGCAGAAGCACCGGCUUACGCAUGGCACCGGCGGUGGUGCCGCCAACGGUGGAAAUCGCACGCGAGUCGCAACUAGCAAGCCAACUCCAAUAUUGUGGAUUCUUCCGUCAUUGUCCGUGUUAAAAAGGAAAUCUGAGAUGUCAGCGACAACGACAACCAUGGAAGGAAACCAAAUGUACUCAAGGGUCACCAAAAUGGACCGACUGAACGCCCGGGUGUCGAAGUUGCUGACGGUGGCGGUGCAAGAAGUUCUGGAACUGGUGAAAGAGACGGUCUCGGAGUACCAGGAGAAAACCGCCCGCACGCAACGCGAGAACGAGAGACUGCGCCUGAGGCUGAGAGAAGCAGUGGGAAGAUUGGAGAGCGAGAGGGCAGCAUCAGACAGACGAGCUCAACUGGCCUCUGUAUUUGAACGAGCCAUCCUCCAGGAGCAACAGCAACAGCUUGGUGACAUGCCCAGGAGAGACUCCCCACCAAAGCAGUCGGCCCCUCCUGAAGAACACCAGGAAGAACCCGUUGUCAUGGAGCUGACGGGGACGGGGGGAGAUGUAGCAGAGGUGGUGGUGGAGGAAGAGGACCGUAAGCUGACCUCCGAGACGUUGACCGAGUGUGCGGUGAGGGUACAGCUGAUGUUUACCGACCACGGCAACAGGACUGUUACCGAUGCCGCUACUGUUGCCACCACUGCAGAUGACGACAAAAUGGCCGCCAAACCUCACGUCAACGACAACAGGGUGAUUAAACGGGAUGUUGACGCUGUGCCUGAGAGCCAGGCGCACAUCGCAACUACGACGUCAUCAGCCACCACGGCAACCAGCAUCCCGUCGCCUAGCAAAAUGACCCUCUCAGAGGUCCCCAUCCACCCGGUGGCUCCUGAGUGUGUCAAAACCGAGCCAGCCUCACCUAGUCCUCCAGACGUCCACCAGGAGGCGACACUGAGCUCCUUUGGGCUCACAAACGACCAGACGCCCAUCAGUCCUGUCAGGUCUUUGCUAACCACCUCUCGAACCUUGAGCACCUCUUCCACAGCAGCAGCUGGGCCCUAUGGCCUCCUGUUUACAUCUUCUCCGGCUGUUGCCCAGCAACCACAGCAGCAUCACCCUCAGCAACCACAGCAGCAUCAGCACCAUCCUAACCAUCAGAACCACCAGCAGAAUCACCAGCAACAGCAGCAGCAGCAUCAUCAGGGGCUGGGCAGACGACUCGGUUCAGGGCUGGGCUUCCUGCGGGGCCCCCGACUCUCCAGCGGUGGAGACCCUUUACGACGAUCACACCACCUCCUCCACCACCACCGGCAGAACGCCGGCACGAGGCGCUACGACCCCCAGACCUGUGGCGUGUGUGGCAAGACCUUCAGUCGCAUAGGCAACCUGCGCAUCCACGAGCGUUGCCACACAGGCGAGAAGCCCUAUGGUUGCACACAGUGCGGGCGUUGCUUCAGUCAGGCGGGCGACUUGAAGAAGCACCAGCGCGUUCACACGGGUGAGAAGCCCUACUACUGCGCUCAGUGCGGCAAGAGCUUCAGCCGAGGAGAGAACCUGAGGAGACACCAGAAGAUCCACGUCGGGCAGAGAGGGCGGCAGCUGCAACCGCAGCAAGCCUGGACUGGCAUAAGGCAGGCUCAGCUCUGAGACGAGACGAGAUGAGGUGUGGUGUGGUCUGUCAGUCUGUCGUCUGUCUCUGGAACCUUGGAGAACCUCAGGAGGCACCUAAAAGAUCCCCAUCGGUCAGAGAGGGCAGCAGCAGCAGUAGCCUGCCUGGGCCAAUAUCAGACAGACUCAGCCAGGGAUGAGGCAGAGAGGGGCUGCCGUUGUCUGCUGAGCAGAAAGCAGUACGGAGCUGGGAUCAAAUGGUCAGCUGUCCGGCUUCAGGCUGACCUCAUUCUCAUACUGAGCUAUGGGACCUGAGAGAGACUAGGAGCACCAGAAGAUCCAUGUGGGGCAGAGAGGGCAGUAGCUGCAGCAGCAAGCGUGGGCCAAAAUCAGACACUCUGCUAUGAAGAGGGAAGGGGUGAAGUUACCCAGGACUCUUACGGACCAGAGAUCUGUGAGGCCACAUCCUCGGGUCUGUCGGGUCUGUCUGUCUGUUAACUGUGUGUCUGUCCUUGGAAAAUCUGGCACUGAACUUCUCUGAAAGUGGCUUUGAAUGUCUCACCUCAGACUCUGUAGUUACUGGAAUAGACAGACAAACCACAGAGAUUCUGAAUCAGUCAGAGCGGAUGACUGAAUGUGAAUUAACACUGUCUUGAGAUGACUUGAUAUGAAUGGUAGAGUCGUUGUCAUUGGACGUUGGGUGAAUGUAAGACUGUUGAAGGAGGAAGAGCACAGUUGGAAGCAUCUCGUCAUGGAAGGUCAUCACUGUUUCAUUGAUCAUUAUUUUUUAACAAAUUACUGUAUUCAUCACCAGAGGUAAACCAAUUAACAAACCCAUCAGUCAUUCAUUCAUUAUAGAAUUGAAAUGGCACAUCAUUCUGUUCUUGUCAACAAUACCGGGUGCAUUUACAUGUACAGAGUGAAAGCCCAUUGGGAAAAUUCCCAUUGUCAUUGUGACA